AUGUCAGCUCCUGAAAGCUCUACCCUUUUCACGCCGAUGAAGGUCGGCAACAUGCGACUUAGCCAUAGGGUCGUGCUCGCUCCUCUCACUCGCGUCCGUGCCGACGACGAGAACGUGCCGACCGAUAUCAUGGUCGAGCAUUACGAGCAGCGCGCAAGCACGCCCGGAACGCUGCUCAUCACGGAAGGAACAGCCAUCGCGGCCCAAGCCAGCGGCUACGCCAACAUGCCUGGCGUAUGGAGUGACGCUCAGGUCGCUGCAUGGAAGAAGGUCGCGGACGCUGUACAUGGGAAAGGCAGCUUCAUCUUCAUGCAGCUCGGCGCUCUGGGCAGACCAGCUUCACCGUCUGUACUGGAGAAAGCUCCCGGUGGCCCAUACGAAGUAGUCGGGCCCAGUCCCAUUCCCAUCGCUGAAGGACGGGCGAUACCGAAGGCGCUCACUGUCGAAGAGAUCAAGCAAUACCUGGAGCUGUUUGCUCAAGCGGCUAAGAACGCUGUUCAAGCUGGCUUCGACGGCGUUGAGAUCCACGGUGCUAAUGGCUACCUCGUCGACCAGUUCAUACAAACCAACUCGAACCAGCGCACUGACGAGUACGGCGGAAGCAUGGAGAAGCGCAUCCGCUUUGCGAUAGAAGUCGUCGAUGCCGUCGCGUCCGCCAUCGGCCCUGAGCGCACCGCGCUGAGAUUGAGCCCUUGGUCGACGGCUCAAGCUAUGCGGAUGCCCGACCCUAUCCCUACCUUCACUGCCCUCGUCAAAAACCUUGCAGAGCACCAGCCGAAGCUCGCGUAUCUGCAUUUCAUUGAGCCGCGCAUCAGCGGCGGCAGCGAGACCGAGCCAGUCGGCGAGGACGAGAGCAACGACUUCGUUCGUGAGCUGUGGGACCCGCGUCCGCUCAUGCUUGCCGGCGGUUUCAAUCGCGAGACGGCUCUCGUCAAGGUUGAGAGUGGCGAGAAGAAUGUGGUGGUUGCGAUGGGAAGGUGGUAUACGUCGAACCCGGAUCUGCCGAAAAGGUGGAUGCGCGAGGCGAAGCUUACGCCUUACGAUCGGAGCACUUUCUACACUAAGGGUGUGAAGGGGUACAACGACUGGUCAUUCUUGCAGGAAGUCGUAGCGUAG